AUGGCGCUCCGCUCUCUAGUCCCUGGUCGCUAUUUCACGGAACCUACUCGCCUCGCCAUGGCUCCUCCCGCCUCCUCCUCUAACGAGAAUGUCCAUCUUAUGAUCAGUGCGAUUCGGGUUCUAGGUUUGAAGGAAGAAGGGAUCGAGCUCCCGAUGGUCGUCAUGAUCGGUGAUCAAUCCAGCGGCAAGACUUCUGUUUUAGAGAACCUUUCCGGAAUCAGCCUGCCACGAGGCAAGGGGUCCGUCGCUCGAGUGCCGUUAAUCCUGCAGCUGCAGUCAUGCGCGAACGGACAGGAUUCGAUAAAAAUCGAGUACACCCCUUCUUCUGGUAAGGUGUCUAAAGUCUUACCUGAUAAGGGGAUGAUUGAGCCGGAAAUUCUCGAGGCGACGGUGGCCUUAGCCGGGAACCAGAAAGGCGUCCUAAAUUCCCCCAUCACGUUGCAAGUGCAACGACCCGGCUUGCCUGACCUAACACUCGUAGAUCUCCCGGGAAUCACGCGCGUUCCUGUUGAAGAUCAGCCAAAGGACAUAUACAGUCAGAUCAAGGCGAUGAUAAUGAAUUACAUCACUCCGAAGGAGAGCGUGAUUCUGAACGUGCUGGCAGCGGAGGUGGAUUUCUCCACGUGCGAGUCGAUCGUGAUGUCGCAAGAGGUGGACCCUGACGGCGAUCGCACCCUCGCCGUCGUCACCAAGGUCGACCCCGCGCCUGAUGGGCUCUACGAGAAAAUCCAAGCGAAUUCAGUGCGGAUCAAGCUUGGUUAUGUGUGUGUCAGGAAUAAGACUGACACGGAUGCUUCUUACAAGGAUGCAAGGAAAGCAGAAGCCGCCUUCUUUGAUAACCAUCCCAAAUUGAGCCGGAUCGGGUUAAGCUCCCGCGGAGUUCCGGCAUUGAGUAAACACCUGAUGGAGACUCAGGCCAAGAGGGUAGCCGACAAGAUCCCACAAAUCAGGAAGGCUAUCCAGAAAGCCCUUGUUGCGAAGAGGCGUGAUGUAACGAGUGGCGUCAUCAGCGGGAAGAAUGUCAUUGCCAGUGAGAAGCAAGGCCACCCUCCAAGCAACGAGACGGUGCUCUACUCUGCUAGGCUUCGCGAAAUGUUCAACAAAUUUGAGGCCCAGAUGCGGGCUGCUCUCCCGGACUUCCUUGGUGCAGACUACACUGAGAGGUGUAAGAAGGCGUUAACAGAGAUGCCCGAAAUUCCUCUUCCGAACAUGCUGGAUCAGGCUGUGGCGAGGAAGCUGGUUCUGGAGGUGGUGGAGAGAAUUGAAGCGCCGUGCCUGCAGCUGGUGAAUGACUGUUUCGCCUUUGCAACCGCAGUGCAACAAGUUGUGGUGGCACAUGUCAGUGGGAUACAUCCCGGGCUGCACGAUGUCGCUCAGCUUCAUUCAGGCCUGCACGCUCUGAGGGAGGCCAAGGAUUCUGCAAACCGCUUUGUUCGGCUCCUGUUAAGAAACGAGAAGAAGCUGGUCUUCACACUUAACCACAGCUACAUGGAUACUGUCUCACAAAUCCAAGCACUGAUUGCUGAUUACAAGAAAGCUAAGCCAGAUAUUGAGAAUGGAAGCUUCCCUCCUGUACCCUCUGUUGAAGAUUUCGCUUCCAGCACUGCUUCGCUCACCAACCUGAUCAGCAAUGACGAUCAGGCAGCAAGGGAUCUGCAGAUCAACAUGUUUUCGUAUGCCAAGGUGAUGCACAAGCGGCUGUGUGACGUGAUCCCCAUGGAGAUUCGGGUGUCCCUUGAAACCGCUCUGCUGGAUGGCACUGAUGUUGCCGUGUGGCGGGGGAUUCAUGGUGGUGAUAUUUCCAUGAUUCUAGCUCGAAUGGAGGCUGAUCAACAACGCAGGGCUCGACUGGAGGAGACAAACAGGUUGAAGGCUGCUAGCUAG